AUGUGGCGGGUCGCGGUUGUUACUUUCACGCUCAUUUGGGCGCCCUCCCUCCAACAGUUCCCUCGCCCUUGCGCCACCCGCCAAGCCCUGCUCGCCAAGGAGUGCUGCCCACCUUGGGAAGGGGACGGCUCGGCCUGCGGGGCCAGCACCGGCCGGGGCUUCUGCCAAGACGUGGCGGCAUCGGACGCCCCGGACGGUCCCCGGUUUCCCUUCAGCGGCGUGGACGACCGGGAGAAGUGGCCGUCGGUCUUCUUUAACCGCACCUGCCGGUGCACGGGAGACUUCAUGGGUUUCGACUGUCGAGACUGCAAGUUUGGCUACUUUGGCGAGAACUGCGAGCAGAGGAGGGAAUCCCUCAGGAGGAACAUAUUCCACUUGUCCCGCCGCGAGAGACUCCGACUGGUGUCCUAUCUGAACCUGGCCAAGACCACGGUCAGCAGCGACUACGUGGUGCCCACGGGGACCUACCGGGAGAUGGACAGCGGCUCUAACCCCAUGUUCGCCAACGUGUCCGUGUACGACGUCUUCGUGUGGAUGCACUACUACGUGUCCCGCGACGCUCUGCUGGGCGGGCCGGGCAACGUGUGGACGGACGUGGACUUUGCCCACUGGGGGCCGGCGUUCCUGCCGUGGCAUCGCGUUUACCUGCUGCAUUGGGAGCGUGAGAUUGGUAGGCUGGUCGGGGACGCCGGCUUCUCCAUUCCCUACUGGGACUGGAGGGACACGCAGGAAUGCGACGUGUGCACGGACGAGCUGAUGGGGGGACAAAGCACGCGGGACCCCAGUUUGCUAAGUCCUGGUUCUGUCUUCUCGUCUUGGAGGGUGCUGUGCUCCCAAGCGCAGGACUACAACAACCGGGGUGUCCUGUGCGACGCUCGGGCGGAGGGCCCGUUGCUGCGCAACCCGGGCAACCACGACCGCAAUGUGGUGGAGCGGCUGCCCACCUCCGCCGACGUGGCGUUCACCCUCAGCUUGGCCAACUACGACACGGGCACCAUGGACCGCACGGCCAACAUGAGCUUCAGGAACACCAUAGAAGGAUUCGGGGACCCCCAGACAGGAAUGGGCAGCAGCACUCGCAUGGGCAUGCAUGCCGCCCUCCAUGUCUUCAUGAACGGCUCCAUGUCCUCAGUGCAGGGUUCUGCCAACGACCCCGUAUUCCUCCUACACCACUCCUUUGUGGACAGCCUCUAUGAAGAAUGGCUGAGGAGGCACAGGCCCGACCCGUCGCAGUAUCCUUCUUCUAAUGCCCCCAUUGGGCACAACAGCGAGUACUACAUGGUUCCCUUCCUGCCCCUGCACAGAAACAGAGAAUACUUCACUUCCAGCAAAGAUCUGGGAUACGAGUACUCCCGCCUGCUGGACGCCACCCAGCGUCUGUCCGAGGCCGUGCAUCCCUACCUGGAGGAGCUGCAGGACGCGUGGCCCUGGAUGCUGCUGGCCAGCCUCUGCGGAGGAUGCGUGGCGGCGGCGGUGGCCGUGGCGGCACCAAAGGUCAAGCGGCAAGCUCUGGGGUCAUUUAGAGAGUGGCGGUGGGGAAGGUUCUUCGCCUUCUCUGAGAGGGAGCCGCUUAUUAGGGGGAACAGUCUGGAAGAAAGAGAAGUCAGCGGUUACCAGGCGGCCAUAUGA